CCCUUGAAGAUGGAUGCCUGGUUUUGCCCGACCCGGGGGGGGUUUUGGCGUCUCUUCUGGCUCUGGAGCCUUUGGGGGGACUACUUGGCGUCCGUCUGGGGUUGCCCGGCCAACUGCCUUUGCAACAAGACGGAGAUCCACUGCAAGAAGCCCGACGAUGGCAACCUCUUCCCGCUCCUGGAAGGGCACGACGCCGCCACCCCCAGCGCCAACGCCAGCAUCAACAUCACCGACAUCUCCAGGAACAUCACCGCCAUACACAUAGAAUUCUGGAGGAAUUUGCACACGCUGCAUGCCGUAGAUAUGGAGCUGUACACGGGACUCCAGAGACUGACAAUCAAGAACUCAGGGCUCCGAAGCAUCCAGCCACGUGCGUUCGACAAGAACCCUCACCUGCGCUACAUAAACCUGUCUGGCAACCACUUGACUACUCUCUCAUGGCUACUCUUCAAGACACUGAGACUUAUCGAACUGAGGUUGGAACGAAAUAGUUUCAACUGCAGCUGCGAUAUCCGUUGGAUCCAGCUGUGGCAGCAGAAAGGUGAAGCAAAUUUGCAGUACCAGGAGUUGACCUGCACAAGCAUGGAAACCAGCCACAUCUCUAUUCAGGAGAUGAAUAUCAGCCAUUGUGAUCUUCCUGAAAUCAGUGUGAGCCAUGUCAAUCUAACUGUGUGUGAAGGCGAAAAUGCUGUUAUCACCUGCAACGGCUCAGGAUCCCCUCUGCCUGAUGUUGACUGGAUGGUGGUCAAUCUGCGCUCUAUCAACACUCAUCAGACCAACGCCAACUGGACUAAUGUUCAUUCCAUCAACCUGACCCUGGUGAACGUCACAAGUGAAGACAAUGGGUUCCUGCUGACAUGUAUUGCUGAGAACGUGGUGGGAAUGUCUAACGCCAGUGUGCUUCUCACUGUCUAUUAUCCACCCCGGAUUAUCAGCUUGUUGGAGCCCAUCCGGCACAUGGAGCACUGCAUUGAGUUCUCGGUGCAUGGGAACCCUCCACCGCAGAUCCAUUGGCUGUACAACGGCCAGCUUCUCAGGGAGACAGAGUUCAUACGGAUGGAGCUCUUCCAGGAGGGAGAAGUCUCCGAUGGCUGCCUGCUCUUCAACCAUCCCACACAUUACAACAACGGCAACUACACCAUCGUGGCUACCAAUUACCUGGGGACUGUCAACCAGACUGUCAGAGGGCACUUCCUGGAGAAACCUUUUCCAAGCAUUUCAGACGUAAUUGAGACAUUUGAAUAUAGCCCAAGUCCCAGCCCUCUUAUCACGGUGACGCAUAAGCCAGAGGAAGACACGUUUGGGGUGUCCAUAGCUGUUGGACUUGCCGCCUUCGCCUGUGUCCUCCUGGUAAUCCUCUUUAUAAUGAUCAACAAAUAUGGUCGACGGUCAAAAUUUGGAAUGAAAGGUCCAGUGGCUGUGAUCAGCGGAGAAGAAGAUUCGGCUAGUCCUCUCCAUCAUAUCAACCAUGGGAUCACUACGCCUUCAUCGUUGGACGCUGGUCCAGAUACGGUUGUGAUAGGCAUGACCCGCAUUCCUGUCAUCGAAAACCCACAGUACUUCCGACAAGGACACAAUUGCCACAAACCAGACACGUAUGUACAACACAUUAAAAGGAGAGAUAUCAUUCUGAAGAGAGAGCUUGGCGAAGGCGCUUUCGGGAAGGUCUUCCUAGCCGAGUGCUACAACCUCAGCCCCACCAAGGACAAGAUGCUCGUGGCUGUGAAGGCUCUGAAGGACCCAACUUUAGCAGCUCGGAAGGAUUUCCAGAGGGAAGCCGAACUGCUCACCAACCUGCAGCAUGAUCAUAUUGUGAAGUUCUAUGGCGUCUGCGGUGACGGAGAUCCUCUCAUAAUGGUCUUUGAAUACAUGAAACAUGGGGACCUGAACAAGUUUUUGAGGGCUCAUGGUCCAGAUGCAAUGAUCCUUGUGGAUGGGCAACCUCGACAAGCCAAGGGGGAGCUGGGCCUUUCUCAGAUGCUCCACAUUGCUAGCCAGAUAGCUUCAGGAAUGGUUUACCUCGGCUCCCAGCACUUCGUACACAGAGACCUGGCCACGAGGAACUGCUUGGUUGGAACCAACCUUCUGGUGAAGAUUGGCGACUUUGGGAUGUCCAGAGAUGUCUAUAGCACCGAUUACUAUAGGGAAGUGCCGCAUCCGAAGGGCUAUUUCAGCACAACGUGGCAGCAGCAGAGACUAGCAGCAAUGGCAGCUACAACAGUUGGAGGGCAUACUAUGCUUCCCAUCCGUUGGAUGCCUCCUGAGAGUAUCAUGUACCGGAAAUUCACAACAGAGAGUGACGUCUGGAGUUUUGGUGUGAUCCUCUGGGAAAUCUUCACAUAUGGGAAGCAGCCUUGGUUCCAACUGUCAAACACAGAGGUCAUUGAGUGCAUCACCCAAGGCCGUGUCUUAGAGAGGCCUCGAGUCUGUCCCAAGGAAGUUUACGACAUCAUGCUGGGCUGCUGGCAGAGGGAACCUCAGCAACGCCUGAACAUCAAGGAUAUCUACAAGAUCCUUCUCGCUCUGGGCAAAGCCACCCCAAUCUACCUGGACAUCCUGGGCUAGCUGCAGCUGCUUUUCAGAUAUCGUUGUGUCCUUCUUCUCCUGUCCCUACCUCUCCCUUGACCUCAAGCCAACAUAUUCAUAUAAACUCAAGUGCCUGCUACACAUACAACACUGAAAAAAGAGAGACAAUAAAAUAUACAAGCCCCCUCCCCUUGAAGAAACAAGCAGUAAGGCCAUUUGGAUUAUAUAUAGCUAGAAAUGAUAUAGAGAGAGGAUAUCCAUCUUCCAGCCAGUAGCUGCUGUUCCAGAAAAUGUAAAACACAACUGGAAAGGAGAAGACAAGAGAACGAGAAAGCAAAUCCUCGACAGUAUUUAAGAGAGAAAUGGAAAAAGACAAUAUUUAACUCAAGGUGUGGAAGUGACUGUGAAUCCUCUUGUUUUCUUUUGCGUCCCGCUGCUGGUUAGAGCUCGGUUCACUUGGGAAAGCUAAAAGACAAUCCUGUUAAAGGAGGAAAACCUGGAAAGGCUGUGCCUGAUCUGGAGCUGCACUGUGCGGAAUCAAUCCCCUUAAAUCGAACUGGGGUGGGGGAGGAACAAUGGCAUUGGAUCCUGGAUAGUCCCCUGCCCCUACUUCUGGAGUCAUGUUCUCUGCGGAUCUCACCUACAUUCCUUUUUGUCCCUUCUCCUUCCUCCCACCCAGAAUACCAGAAGUUUUCGGAUGUUUUCACAUGUGCAGACUCUACCCAUUUUGGAACCCUUUUGGAACAUUUACAGUUCAAAAGGUGUGCAUCACCUACGGGUAAAUGAACAUGUCUGACUCCAAGAACUGGAUAUGGCAUUUUUCUGCCUCUCUCUUUUCUUUUUCUUGGUUUUCUUAAACGAAUGUCCUGGGAAUGGUGCUGAGGAGCCAAACGACUGUCUUUAAGAGCCAUAUAGGGAAAUGCGCACGAGGCGGAUGUCUGGAAUGUAACAUCUCUCCCGUUCCCGAUUUCGCUCCUGGAAUAAUCAUCCACGUGCACACACAGAUCUAGCUCAGCACAAGCGUCGUUUCCAGACAUGGUGGCUUGGAAGCCACAAUCUCAAUGGCAGCGGACAGAUGAUGAAAAAAAUCAAACCAGUUCUUCACAUAAUCUACGUGAUACAAACACAUAUAUACACACACAGGCCAUAUUGGUUCCAUCUCUUAAUACUGCUUAUGGUAAUUUAUAUCAUACUGUUUUUUCUUGUACAAAACUAUCUUACAACCUGUAGCGAGUUGAGUCUCCCAUCAGUAUUGUCCAGUAGGUAAUGGGGGAUGUCCAUGUGGAUUCUGGACAUGUUGUGGGGAGGGGAGUUUGAGGCCAAGAGAGUGAGAGAGGUUGAGAAAGUAAGGCACAGAGUUCAUGGUGAAGCACAAACGUUGAAUCCAAAUAUCCCACAGUCCAUGUCCCAUGGCUGUGUCGUGGAGCAAGCAGCUGGCAAUGGGACUCAAAUGCCCGCUGCGCAAAGGUGACAAUCCAGCUCCUGUCCUACAUCUCCUGUUUUGGAGGGUGCUAUGCCAUCCUUUGUGUUGAGGAGUAAUACCACUGCCAAGGGUUUGAAACACUGUCCAGUUUUCUACAUGGAGCGGGAGGGGGUAUUGUGUUGUUCUUGGCCUCAGGGAGCAAAAUAUCUUGAGUCAGCCUUAACCCUGUCUCUCUUUUACAAUGGUGUCUAGCUGGAAUGUAAACUGGAGAGGGUAGACUUCUGUUCCUUUUCUGGAGAAGCUAGAAUGUGUCCAUUUGCAACCCCAUAAUUGAUCAGUAAGUAGUGGGAUGGAGUUGCAUUUCACAGCCCUGCACCAAGGAUGAGAUUGGAAAGCAGGAAGAAUUUCCCCGUCCCCUAAAAUGUCCUGGUGGAAGCUUUUUCAUAUUACAUCUCAGUCUCAAGGUGUUGUAG